GGACACAGGCCCCUGCUGACUGGAGGCAAAAAGUGAAGCACUUGUUUUGCAGAGCACAGACAUCAGUGUUUGUGCGAGCGACUCAGCCCACUGCCAGAGCCCGCCCCAUUUCUUUGAGGAGGCUUUAGCAGGCGGCGGGGUCCCUGACAUUAGAGUUGCUCUCCGGCUGCCUGCUGUCUUGAGUCAUGGCUGCACAGCUGGUUGUCGCUCUGCUGGCUCUCGUCUCCCUGGGUGCAGCAUCUGAACCGAACUGCACGGAGCUGGUUAAACCUCUGGUGCUGGACAGCCACAGCCCUAUCUAUGGAAAGUGGGUGCUUCACUUUGGAACGUGGGACGAGCCAGACCUGAAGAGUGACCUGGGCUCCGUGAAAAGCUCCUGGUUGGAACUGUACCCAUCCUCACACGCCGAGGUCAUCAAUGUCUACUGGGCUGACCGCCUAAAUGAAGACAAGUGCCUACAAGGAUUAGCAACUGCCACAGUCUCAGGGAUUACCACCCACGCCACCUUUGUCAUCAAUGGUCACACCUCUUAUCAUGAUGGGAAAUAUUAUGAAACUUGUGAAGAUUGCCUCCUAUCUGAAGACACCACCCUCCUUCCUGAUGGAAAAACAAAGGGACGUUACCUUUUCCUCUAUACACGGAAUACCACUCUAGAGUCAUCGGAGUUGGAGAAGUUCAAAAACCAAGCAGAAUGUCUCAGAUUUUCCCCAGAAUUACAUUUCAUGAGCACAGAUCUGUGUCCAGAUGACCGAGAAACUACCACACCUGCUGCUGAGAAAACGGAGAAUGAAGAAGGGGAGGCAUAAACGUCUGCAUGCUCCCCUGAAAUCCAGCUGCACGCAUUAACUAGGAUGUGAAAGUGCUCAGCAGAAUAACUUUAGAUGUUAUGUAGCUAACUUGUACAACAAAAUAAAUGUCAUGUUUGAAGUCAAAAGUCAGAGUCUUAAUUCUGAUAUAUCUGAUAUAUUAGUAAAACAUCAAAGUUGAAAUUGUUUUCUUCUGGUUGUGUGUGGUAAAUAAACUCAUUCUAACCCUUAA